AUGUCCCAUUUCGCCGCCAACCGCUUCGCUCUCCUUAGCGAUGACUCCGGCUCCUUCGCCGCGAAGCCCGCUCCUAAGGCUGCUCCCGCCGUCGAGGCUGCCCCGGCUGCUGCCCCCAAGCCCCGUGGCAACCGCGCCUCCGGCCCCCGCACUGGCGCCCCCCGCGCCCCCAAGUCCACCGCCGCUGAGGGCGAGAUCAACGCUCAGCUCGGUGAGCGCCCCCCCCGUGCCAACCGCGACCCCGCCCGCCGCACCAACAACCGCGCUGGUCAGGUUGCUCGCGGUGGCCGUGAGUUCGAUCGCCACUCCGCCCCCCGCCACCAGUCCCAGAAGUCCAUGACCCACGGUAAGGGCAACUGGGGCAACGUCGACAUGGAGAAGACCGCCGCUGGCGAGACUCCCGCUGCCGACGCUGCUGAUGCCACCGCCGAGGUCCCCGCCACCGAGGAGGUUGCCAAGCCCAAGGAGGAGGAGGUCGACGACUCCCUCACCCUUGACGACUUCAAGGCCACCCUUGCCAAGCCCACCUACGAGGUUGCCCCCGCCCGCAAGGCCAACCAGGGCUCCAAGCUCGGCGACGUCACCGUCCUCAAGUCCUCCAUCCUGAAGACCGAGGCCGCCCCCAAGGCCGAGGCCGCCCCCAAGAAGAAGACCCAGGCCAAGUCCGUCGUCCUCGACUUCGGUGCCCCCACCUACACCCCCGAGCGCCCGACCCACGGCAAGAAGCACGGCAACCAUGCUUCCAACCCCGCCUCGGUCAACCUCAAGGAUGAGGAGCUCUUCCCCUCCCUCCACUAA